AAUAGGUAACCGGGGUUUCUCCAUUUCACCCUCCGAGGCCAAAAACCCUAGCUCCUGCUCUCCAUAUUCUACGCUUUCAGGGAGGCCGCCGCAGAUCUCUCUUUACAGGAGCAAGCUUUGGGAAAAAUGGUGAGAGUUAGCGUUUUAAACGAUGCUCUUAAAAGCAUGUACAAUGCAGAGAAGCGUGGGAAGCGACAGGUUAUGAUCAGACCAUCCUCGAAAGUGAUCAUUAAGUUCCUCCUUGUGAUGCAAAAGCAUGGAUACAUUGGAGAGUUCGAGUAUGUUGAUGACCAUAGGGCCGGGAAAAUUGUGGUUGAACUGAAUGGAAGGUUGAACAAGUGUGGUGUUAUUAGCCCUCGUUUUGACCUUGGUGUUAAGGACAUUGAGAACUGGACUGCCAGAUUGCUUCCCUCAAGACAGUUUGGUUACAUUGUGCUGACCACGUCUGCUGGCAUCAUGGAUCACGAAGAGGCUAGGAGAAAGAAUGUAGGUGGUAAAGUACUUGGUUUCUUCUACUAGGUCGAGGAGUCGGUGAAUCAGCUGUUUCCAUUAGGCGUGUUUUCACUCAAGAUGAAGAUUCGGUUUUCUGCAUUCCGAGGAGUUUUUGGGUGCAUUUUGAAACGUUAUACUCUGAAUUAUUUCUAUGUUUAAUUUGGGCGAAUUUUGUUUUUUAUUUUGAAGUUUAUUGGAGAUUAUUAGAAAAGAAAGCUAUUUUGGAAGGUAAAAUUCUAGUUCUCGUUCAAUCC